AGUCGAUUGCGAUCUCUCAAAUCUCAGGGAUUAGGGGGGUUGUUACCUCGAACAAAGGAUUGGACAUUGACAAAGAGACGACUCAGCAGGAGUGCCCAUUGGACGACUGAGAGGGGAAGUGAAGCAAAGGCCAAAGAUGUAUGGUACUGGAGAGGGGGAAGAGCAAGCAGCUGGAAGAAAAAAAAAAAAAAAAAAAAAAAAAAAAAAAACUCGAACUGGUCCCUGGCAUCUCCCAAUCUGUCUGGCGGGCACUCUUGCCAACUUCCCAUCUUAUUCUAUCCCAUCCCAUUGUUCAGUAUCAUCCGAGCCAUCCCAACCGGCUGGGUCUACCCGCUGCUUGUUCCGGUGUCUGGAUCCAUCAUUUGACACUUUCCAUCUUUCAUUCUUCAUCCUCUCACCACUCCCGCUUCUCGUCCCGUUUCGGCUCUGACCCCCCAAAUGUCGCGACUCAUACCUACACUGUAGGGUAGGUUCGAAACAAGCACACAGAGACCCUCACUCAGCAUUCUACGUUCCGCGAUACACAAAGGAUUCCGUGGAAAGGCGUAUCUCGGUUGUCGCGGCCUCAAACAGCCUGCUCUUUCAUCACGGUCCAACGCAGCCAAACAGGCCCAUCUGCAUCCAACUUAAGCAGGCAUAUCCAACAGCGCCAUUUACGCUGUCGAUUCCCUUCAUACACACGGGUGUAUAUUUCACUUUGCUCCGCAUCGCAAUAAGAGGUCAACACUUAAUCUUGAACCACCCGUGAAAGACCACCACGGCGAAUUAAUAUAUGCGACGUUAAUCAGGGUCUCCGAGGCACUUCGAAACUUUGGCGAGUUAUCCUGCGUUACUAAGCUCUCUGACCCCUUCCGCAGGUCCCUUCACAGGUUACCUUUCUCACACCCGGACGCCCUUAAUUGGCCGCCAAGUCCCGGACUCCAGGCGCUGUCCUCCUCAUUCUCAGUCUGUGCCGGGUUGUGGUACCUAGGUUCCAUCCCCCCUCUCCAGGGGCGCUUUUGUCGCAUUACGGACCACGGGCAUGUCGCAGCUUGCUCACCCGGCCGAUGCUGGCCCGUCAAACCAACAUUAUGACGGGAGAGCUUUUACCACCGUACCACCAUCACCCAAAAGUGCGCUGCCAAUAACACCCUCAUCGACGAGGUUCCCACAGAAACCUGUUCCAAGCCCGUUGCAACGAAGUAUUGCUGCCUCUCCCCCGACGAGUCCCGGCCCAACGCAAUCCGACUUCCCGCCGACGUUCUACAACCCUUUCGCAGCGGCCGCGAUUCCACGGAUAGUAACCACGACUGCUCCCGAUCACCCCUCGCCGACUGCCUUCUUCGAUAGCGAAUCUUCGGGCAGAGAUACUCCAGAGGAAACAAGGCCAGGACCAGAAUCGUCGUUCAGCCCGAAAUCCUCGAAUGUUCGCAAUAACUCGAUCACGGGACUGAUUCAGCAGCCUUCCCCAGGCUCCUCUUCCGACCAAGCUUCUGCCAUGGCAGGUCCAUCGGCAGUGCGGGCUGACCUUGUCAGGAGUACCCCGCGAAACUCCUCCAUGGACUCAGCGAUAUCAGCAAUAUCAUCGAGCUCGAAUACAACCACAAAAGCGUCCCAAGAAAACAACACGGGGACGACAGAGAUUGCCAACUUAAUCAAGACCGCCGGAAGUCCAGAGGCCGUCAUCCAAUACUUGCUGAAAGAGAAGCAGUCCCAAUCGCAGCAGAACGCGCAACUGUGGCGACUAGUUGACAAGCAGAGAGCCAUGAUCUUGGGCCUUAAUAAGGACCUCGAACGGGCUCUGAAAGACAAGGAAAAAUACAGGAAGAAACUAAAGGAGCUCCUGAGCGAUCCAGACGGACCGUCAGUACCGGCGGUAGCAAAUGCCAAAGCUCAAGAACUAAACAGGACCUCAACCGCCUCCGACUUCUCAACCCAGGAGCAGGUGCUGGAAGUCCCAGAUUCGCCCGGCCAAGGCUCAACCAACUUGAGGCAAUCAUCCGUUGAUAUGUCAGUGGCACCUUACCCUGUAACUCCUCCUGCUGGCCAACUACCUUCUCACGGUUCCCCGUCCGCCGUGGGUGAGAUGCUGGACCCUUCUCAUACGAUGCCAAGACCGAGCGAACACGCGGUAGAUCAUUACGAUCAUGACGCGUUAGAAUGGGAACGCGAGAAGGCCAGGAGGCAAGCGGGCGAGGCCGAGGAGCAAGCUGCCGGGCUUCAUAUCAACCCGAACCUACCACCGUCAAGAAGUUUGCCGAGCAAGCCUCCCCGGAUGCCGCUACCUGCGACGCCUACAGAGCCGCCCUUGUCCAAGCGUAUCGAGCUUCCUGUACUGGGCCAGCUACCCCCUCCAACAUCACCACCUUUGCGUAAACCACCACCCGCGCCUCUUCAGCUUAAGGAUAGUGCCCUCCACAGCAAAAGGGUACCACAACCCGAGGCAGACAGCGAAUCUGAGUAUGAAGACGACCCCAAGGCCGAUCAACAUAGUCUUGAAGAACGAAGAGGCCGUCGAAGAACACGAGAGGAGGAUGAACGCGAUCGUGAAAUUAUGGCCAGGAAAGAAGCAGAAUUACGAAGCCUCUCGAAAAAGAGCAAAAAAAGUGCCAGUAGGGCCGCAAACGAGGAAGUGCCGCCGCCGCCUCCGGCCGAAAUGCCAUCCAACCCCCGAUUUCUCGAGGUGAAGAUGAGUCCCCCUCCUCAGGAGACUGUCUCGUCACUCGUCGGGGUUCUCAAUGGAUCCAGUCAGCGGGAUGCAUCCUAUGCAAUGCCGCUUUUGAGCCCUGGCCUUCCCUCUAGCCCACGCCCGAUGCCGAUGGGAGUUAGCUCACCAUCACUCUCGCCUAGGGGCAUGAACUUUAUGGGAGCACCGUUGUCUCCACGACCACCGCGAGCGCCAAUUCCUCUGCCUCCAAACACGCCUCUGCACAUCUCUGCUCCGCCGGCGAUGCCACUACCUUCUCCUCGACCCAUGCAUAUGGUCAAGGAAACAGACAGCAUGUCUUCCACCUCCAGCCCCACCAAAAGCACUUACGAGAGCCCGACAGAAAGGACUAGGAUAUAUAGGGGCUUCAUAACGGAGGAAUACCCUGACCUUUUGCUUCCACCAAACGCUCUUCCAUCCAUCGAUAUCAAGGUUGCGUCUUCUCGCAUGAAGCCCUCCAGGGCUAGCUUAUUAUCCAUGACACAGCUCGAAGAAGACCCGGUUUUUACCCUGGCUGUGUUCUCUAGAGCCGACGGUGGUGAGCUAUGGAGGGUCGAAAAGGACUCUGCUUCCUUGGCAAAGCUCGACUCGAGGCUUAAGCUGUGUCCCACGUUCACUGCGAAAACUCCGGACAGGUCUUUGUUUAGUGGACAUGCUCCUGCAAAGCUGGACGCCCGUCGGAUUGCUCUUGAUCAGUACCUGGAAGAGCUGUUAAAUACUCCUCUCGAUCACUCUACGGCGCUGGAACUGUGCAAGUAUCUGUCCACGCAUACUUUACCGCCAAAUGCCGACGAGACUGGAUCUUCGACUGGCUAUGAAAAUCCAGAAGCAGUAUUGACAGGCCCUGGCGGAAGACCUUUCCGCAAGGGUUAUCUCACGAAGCGCGGCAAGAACUUUGGCGGCUGGAAGGCCAGGUACUUCAUCCUAGAUAGCCCCCAUCUCAAGUAUUAUGAGACACCAGGUGGCGCCCAUCUGGGGACUAUCAAGCUACAGAAGGCACAAAUCAUGACGCAGGUUGGCAAACAAGGUCAUCAUGGCGCUGAAGAUCCUCCUGCCCGUGGACCUGGGAUGGAAAACCCCGACAAUCAGUACCGCCAUGCUUUCGUGAUCAAAGAACCCAAGAAGAAAGACCCAACUAGCGUCACUACACAUGUGUUGUGUGCUGAGAGUGACAGGGAAAGGGAUGAGUGGGUAUCAGCAUUGUUGCGCUGGAUCGACUACACCGAUGAUGAAAAGGAUGAACGCUCGAAAAAAAACCAAACCCACGACAGGCAUGAUUCUAAUACCUCGGAACGGACCAAUGGCGGUCAUAAUAAGAAGAAGCAACAUGCUGAGGCUCUGGGCAGGAGUUACGAUACCACAAAGCAACGUGACUUGCCACAAGGCGUCUCAUCAUAUCAGCCGGCUGCUGCUCAGGGACACGCCGCGCCAUCUCAAGCUGGCUUUACAAUUUCAGCACCUCGCGAUCCCCAGGUCAUUUCAAACUCCGAGGCUUGGGGCACCAAGCUAGGCAUCGUUCCCACCGCACCACCCUCAGUACCGCCCGUUGUGGAAAAGGCCCCGAGACCGCGGAGAAGUAUUUUUGGUUGGGGCGAAAGCAAAGAGAAGGCCGGAAAGUCUGUCGAUUCACACCAUACGCUUCCCGGUGAAAAUGGUCAUGCGGGUGCCGGGAUCAACAGCCACGGUCCAGUCAGACCUGUGUUUGGUGCGCCCUUGGCUGAAGCAGUUAGGUACAAUGCACCAGCCGACGUUAGGGUCCCGUUGCCGGCUGUUGUCUAUCGCUGUAUCCAGUACUUGGAUGCAAAGGAUGCCAUCAACGAAGAGGGUAUCUUUAGGUUGAGCGGUUCCAACGUUGUCAUCAAGCAGCUGAAAGAACGGUUCAACAACGAGGGCGACAUCAACCUGGUUGACGAUGGGCAGUAUCACGAUAUCCAUGCUGUUGCAUCCUUGCUCAAGGCUUAUCUACGCGAAUUGCCCACGACCAUACUGACACGGGAUCUUCAUCCCGAGUUCCAGUCCGUUACUGAAAAGCUCCCAGAUCAAGCCCAGAGGAUCGCAGCUCUUUCGGUGCUCGUAGAACGACUCCCACAAGCCAAUGGUACCCUUCUCAGGUACCUGAUUGCUUUCCUGGUCAAGAUCAUCAAUCAUGCAGACUCGAACAAAAUGACCGUACGCAACGUUGCCAUUGUGUUCUCGCCUACACUCAACAUUCCAGCUCCUGUUUUCGCACUUUUCCUCCAGAAUUACGAAGCGAUUUUUGGCAUUGACCCCGGCGAAUAUGAGCUUCCCACAACGGACUCUGAUAGCGUCCACGGCAGCACUCACGAACGCACUGGAUCGCAUCCAUCGGACACUCGAUCGUCAACUCAUAGUGGCUCGCCAUAUGGGCAACGGCCUAUGAAGCCUGUGAUUGAGGGCCAAGUGAGCCGCAACACACCAACGCCACCACUUUCUAUGAGCAUGCAACACAUGGCUCAGAUGAACGCUGCGCAAAUGCACUCGCGAGGUACUCCCACACCUCCUCUUCAAAGGCCCGCCUAUGACGACAUUGCGUUAUACUCUGCGCAAUCAGGAUUGAGGCCUAGUACAGGUUUCGAAAGAUCUCACGACUUCCAUCCGUCUGCCCCUUCGUAUGAGCAGUAUUCGAUGAAGGACCGACGCAAGAGCAGCAUGCCCAACCUUCACCCUUCGGGAAUAAGAGGCCAUAUGAGGGACGAUAAUCGGUUCUAACCACUUCAAUCUGUACUUCUUCUAUCGAACAUCUUGACGGAAACUGUCGGCGCUGAGGAUCACUUGUUUUGGCGCCUUUUCUUGGAUAUCUCUAUCAGAUCCUCUUUGAGAUGUUACAACACAUGUUGUACAGCAUUUUUGUGCCAUUAUUCUUCAUCUCCAUGUUUUUUUUUUUUUUUCGCGACCAACAUAAGAUACCACUGCAUUCCAAUAUCCAUUAGCUUCUUUUCUUCCUCUUCUACUAUCUUUUUCCCGUCCCAAUCGGGGUCACCUAGACUAGAUGGCGGCUGUUGUCAAGCAUUAGACCGUCUGUUCAGCUUUGAUCGCAAAUCACAACCCUCAAGACGUUAUGUAUCAUAUUAGCACGCCAUUUACGCUACUUGGAAAUAUGGCUACAGUGAGAGAGAACAUUUAUCUGCUUGAAUAAUAUGUAGGGAUGGUAAGAAGUCGUGUUCUUGACGAGUUAAUGACAAGCAUUGUCUUCAAAGGAAAAUAUUUGGAGAGUUUCGGCAGGCG